AUGGGCUGUGUCUCUUCCAAGUUGUUCAGGAAAGAUCUCAGUCAAGAAAAUUUGGUUCAGAAAGCAGAUAAUAUCUCCAACCAUGUGGUCUCUCUCACGUCGAGUACUUAUGGUGUCCUUAGACUUGACAAAGAAAACCAACAGCAACAGCAGCAGGGGCAACAUCUUCAUCUUCAACAACAAUUGCAAUCCAUCAAAAAAUGUGGGAUUGAUUUGAAGAAGCCUUCACCUCCUCGACAAGAGCCUGAAGUUAUCAAUGCGUGGGAGAUAAUGCAAGGUCUGGAAGAAGAAGUACCUCUAUCGAAUUUGAUCCCGGACAAGAAAAGCCCAAAAUCGCGACUUCUUCUACGUGGGUUCGGGGAUUUGGAUGCGAGAAGCCCACUAAAGUUCUUGAAUCAAAUGGCAUCCCCUAGAAAACUGAAGAAAUUUGGAGGAAAAGAGAACGCUACCCCGAAAUCGGUCUUCAAAGCAUGUAAUAUGCAGGGGAGUUCACAAAAAGCGUCUCCAAUGCUGAGAGUUCCAAGAAAAGACAGUCCUAAUGAUGCCAAAUGUGAGAGUCUGAGGACUGAUUCAGGGGUAGUUUUGUCGCGGAGGAGGAGUUUAGGCCCGCUGUUUGAUCCAGAACUCGUGGCAUCAUUCGAGAAAGAGUUGUCCGAAGAGAAAGAGCAAAUCAAGAAGAUGGUUUCAGGAACGCCCACCGCGGUAAAGAAGAGGAAUUCCCAAGACUCGGUGUCUAUUCUCGAAAAUUUCGAGGAAAAAUGCCCCCCGGGUGGUGAAAAUGCGGUGGUCCUGUAUACGACCACGCUGAGGGGUAUAAGGAAGACAUUUGAGGAUUGCAACACAGCCAGAUCAGUGAUCGAGUCGCAUCAGGUUCAGAUGUUUGAGCGUGAUGUGUCGAUGCAUUCAGGAUUCAAGGAUGAAUUGAGGGGAUUAAUGGGCACAAAAGAAGUGAAAGUUCCCUUGGUUUUUGUCAAGGGAAGGUUGAUUGGUGGGGCUGACGAGAUAGUGAAGUUGGAGGAAGAUGGUAAGUUAGGUACUCUCUUCAGCGGGAUCCCGAAGGCAGUUGCUAUCUGCAAUGGGUGCGCAGGGGUCAGGUUUGUAUUGUGCAUAGAUUGCAAUGGUAGUUGCAAAGUGUUGGAUGAGAGAGGGAAGAAGACUGUCAAGUGCAAGGAGUGCAAUGAGAAUGGGUUGAUUCAAUGUCCAUUCUGCUCUUGA